GCCACCGAGAGAGAAGGAGGUGGAUCCUGACGCUCUGGCAUUGGCUAUUACCGUUAACGCUUAACUGGUUUGGGACAGGGCUUGUCAGGAGAGCUUUCUCCAAAAAAAAAAGAAAGGAAAAUUUAGGGAUUUUUGUAUUUUUUUAAAAAAAAUCCUAAAGAGAGCUUAAAAAUCAUAAUUCGCUCAAUUGAGGUUGGCAGGAAGGAUUGUCAACCUUUGAGGGACCUCCUCGGACCUUCCAUUUUGGGGCGACCUCCUUGACCCGCUUGGCGGUGGUUUUUUUUUUGGUUCAAAGUUUACCCAGCACGCCCACCUCAGCACACCUUUCCCACGAGUCCACCAUGGUGGUGUUCAAGAAGAUCAAGACCUUGGAGUUGGUCUUCAGCGAGGAGGGCAAAAUCUACGGCAGCGGCGAGAAAGUGGCCGGCCGGGUGGUGGUGGAGGUGGCCGAGGUCACUCGCAUCACCCAGGUCAGCAUCUUGGCCCGCGGGGUGGCCAAAGUGUGGUGGAGCAAAGGCCCUCAGCAAUGCAAGCAAGAGAUGGAGUACCUGCGAUACAAUGACGUCCUCACCUUGGAUGACCACCCCGUCGAUGGAGAUGGUUCUAUGAUCCUGAGACCAGGGAACACCUAUGAAUUCAAAUUUGGAUUUGAGCUGCCUCAAGGCCCCCUUGGUACCACCUUCAAGGGCAAAUAUGGCUGCGUGGAUUACUGGGUGAAGGCGUUCUUGGAUCGCCCAUCUUUCCCAACCCAAGUGAUCAAGAAGCGCUUUGAGGUCAUGGAUCAAAUUGACGUCAACACACCAGACUUGAUGUCUCCCAUCUCUGCCAAGAAGGAGAAGAAAGUGUCAUGUAUGUUCAUUCCUGAUGGCCACGUUUCUGUCAGUGCCAGAAUUGACCGGAAAGGAUUCUGUGACGGUGAUGACAUCUGUAUCAAUGCCGACUUUGAGAACACCUGCUCCCGGAUCGUCGUGCCCAAGGCGGCCAUUGUGGCUAAGCACACGUACCUGGCCAACGGAGAGACCAAAGUCUUCACACAGAAGCUCUCCUGCGUCAGAGGCAACCACAUCAUCUCCGGCAUGUCCGAGUCAUGGCGAGGCAAAACCCUGCGGGUCAAGAAGAUCAAACCCUCCAUUCUGGGCUGCAACAUCCUCCGUGUAGAGUACUUCCUGCAGAUCUACGUCAGCGUCCCCGGGUCCAAGAAGAUCAUCCUGGAGCUUCCCUUGGUGAUUGGCAGCAAGUCCUCUGGCAUCGGCAGCCGCAGCUCUAGCAUGGCCAGCCAGACGAGUUCCGAGAUGAGCUGGGUGGACCUCAACAUCCCCGACGCUCCAGAAGCACCUCCCUGCUACCUGGACGUUGUCCCCGAGGACCACCGGCUGGAGAGCCCCACCACUCCGCUGCUGGAUGAGCUGGACAAUUCCUUUGACAGCCCGAUUUUCAUGUACGCUCCCGAGUUCAAAUUCAUGCCACCACCGACCUACACAGAGGUGGAUCCUUGCAGUGCCUUGAACAACAACGUCCAGUGAGCACGAAGCCAAAGGAGCAACAUCACACACGUUGCCUUAUCUCCAGCUUUUUUUUUUCCCCCUGGACUUUCUUAACAAUUGCACUCGGUUGAGAUUGCGCACCUGGCGGAAAAUCUCUGAUAGAAAGGAGACGGUCUCGCAGUGUCAGGGCGUCUCAUGGAAAACCCACUAGCAAGGAGCUAGUGGGAAUGGCUAUUUUGGGCCCUCUGUCUACCUGCUCGACACAGGUGGAGAGGCAGAAGCCCCCUCCCCCCCGAUGGGGCCUGGGCUUGGCUCCCUUGAGCCUUUCAGGACUUUGCAGCCACAAAUAAGAGAAGCGCGGAGGUGGCGUUUUGAACAAGGGACUGUGGCUAGAGAGAGUGUUAGCGCUCUUGCAAGAAGCGUUCUGGGGGUGUGUCCCCCCUUUUUUUAAAAGUGGAUAAGGGUUGGUGAAAAGCCAGUUGAUCAAUGGCUUGGAAGAAAAUACUACUGAGUAACAAAAUGUAAUCAUCACAAUGUGAUGGGUUGCGGGCAUCCUGGGUGAUCAAACAGUGUCUCCAGAGUUGUGACUUAGAUAACAAGCAGAAGUUGUGUGAAGUUUUGAGUAGGAAAACACAAGUGUCUCAGUAUGUUGUAUUUGUCAUCUUCCGAGUAAAGGUGUUGUGUGGUGUGUUAUUUUUUUUUGGGGGGGGUCAUUCUUAAAAGGCUGACACCUUUACUUCGGGGACAUGAAAAGAAAGCAUGAGGAAAGUCGAUAUAAAGAUACUUGUAGAGGUUAGCUUGUAGGCGGUGGGUGGGUUUUUCUCACCCGCCCUUGGAAGAGAAAGAGGUCAGGUGGAAAUAGAAGAGGAUGACCAGAUGGUAAAGGAAUAGGUGUCAAUAAACACUCCGUCCAAAGGGGGAACUUUUACCCCAAUUUUUCAGUAAGCAGUGGGCUUGUUUCUCUGUUUUGACACUGCUCAGAAGCAUAGCUUUUAAAAAUUUCUACGAAGUGUUAUAGCUGAUGUUUGAUUCCUGUAUUGUUUAUUUGUCUACUUAUAUUCUCCUAAAUCUUUAAACAAGCAAAGUUUUUUUUUAUAUAAGGGAGAAAAAAAAUCAAUGUUUAUUUAUCUUGAAUCUUUAGUGUUAUAUGGCAAAACCAGUGUUGAUUAUCUUGAAGGAUUGGGUCGGCGGUGGUCAUUGGCUGCCUUCCAUGGGGCAGGAUCUGGUGCCUUAAUUGUGUGUGGCGGGGGGGCAGUCUGCCUUCCCUUUGCUUCCUUGGUAUCCGGAGCUCAGAGAAGACCAAAUAUUUCUAAUCCGAUGGUGCCAAAAAAACCCGCUUUGUGCUUCCCCAACAAAGCGGACGCAUGCUAAAAAUAUAAAACAAAGACCCAAGACUUCCCACCGGCAUGUCGAACCAACAUGGGAAGCAUCCUGUUUCAAAGCUGCCAAUUUUCCCGCAACACACAUCCAGUCUUUUCAAAAACAACCAAUUUGAAUAAUCCCUGGUAGCUGACUUAGAAAAAUGCACUUCUUCCCCCCCCCC